AAAAAGGAGAAAGGAAAUAAAAAAAUAUAUAUAUAUACACACACAUAAAUACAUAUACACCAAUUAUGGGGUAACUGAUUUUCAUCCUGUUACAUAAGCGUACAUUGUUAAGUAUUAAUGAAGGCGUGACGGGAUCGGCAUGAGAAGCCGGUCUACAGGCUGUUAUUUUAGCAAAAUUAUUUGCAAAUGUAUGUGGAGAGCUGUGUGACUGUAUCUCAGACCGCGUGUAUGUAGUUAGAUUUGUAAAAGUGUAAAAGAAUGUGUAAAUGCGUACUGAGAUUUGCAAAUGUGUAUAGGAAUGUGUUACCUAAUAUGUACAGGAAUUCGUGUGUGUAAACCUGUAAAAGAAUCUAUGAAUAUAAACGAGAUUCGUACGUGUGCGGGAAAAUCUGUAAAUGCGUACUUAGCUAUUUAUGGCUGAAAAGUCUAAAUAUUUUGCUCCAAGAGCUGUAAAUGCAAACAAGUCAUUCGUUACAACUCAGGCGGAUCUUAGUCUUUUGUGAUUCUUGCUACGCUUCUGCCGGCCUGGCAGAUCUGCAAAUGCGUGUGGAGAUCUGUCUGUGCCCGGAGGUUUUGAGGGCUUGAACAUCGUCAGGGUAUAAGACUUUUUACAGCCAUACAACUCUCCAUACACAUUCGCAAAUAAUUUUGCUACAAUAACGCCCCCCAUACCGGUCAUUUGGGAUACAGUCGCUGUGAAACAGGUGUUGCGCCCCUGUGUCAGAGCGGACUGACUCCGGAUCGUCCAGCGUCUGACCAAUCGCAGCGCUCCGCCUCCGGUUCCGUCACAGCGCCGUUCCGGACGCCGGUACCGGGAGCUGCUGAUCCGGGAGCGCCGAAACGCAGUCGGCGGCUUUCCGCCAUACACAGCUGUAAAUAUGCUUCAGAUCGGAGACGAGCUAUCCUGCUUCUCCGUGGUGUUCGUACUGACUCUGUUCGCAUCCAGGAGCGCCGUUUGCUCAUCCCUUUUCACCGCAUCGCUCUACGUUUUCCUGGUGAUUUUCCGCUACCCGCAAGUUCCGGCUGACAGAGCGAAGCAGGUGCUACGGCCGACCAGGCUCGGCAGCGGCGGCGUGUCGGUGGUGGCGCACCGAGGAGCGGGACACGAUGCUCCUGAGAACACCCUUGCAGCGAUCCGGGAGGCCCGUCUGAACGGCGCCACCGGGGUGGAGCUGGACCUGGAGUUCACAGCCGAUGGCGUCCCCGUGGUGAUGCGCGACGAGACCGUCGACCGCACCACCAACGGCUCGGGUCUGCUCAGCGUGCUGCGCUUCUCUGAGGUCAGCAGGCUGGACGCCUCUGCCAAGCACAGACUCAGGGAGCGAUUCCACGGAGAGAGGGUCCCAACUCUGCAGGAAGCCGUUAAGGAAUGUAUCAGGCAGCAGCUGACCGUCUUCUUUGACGUCAAAGGUCACCCUGAUGAGGCCGUCGCUGUCCUGAGAGAGAUGUACAGAACCAACCCAGUUCUCUACAACAGCAGCAUUGUCUGCUCUUUUGAACCCAAAGUCAUUUACAAGAUGCGGCAGGCUGACCCGGAGGUGGUGACGGCGCUGACCCACCGGCCGUGGAGGCUGAGCCAGCAGGAGGACGGCACGCCACGCUUCUCCGCGUCGUGGAAGUACCACUGGCUGCAGCUGCUGGACGUGCUGCUGGACUGGGCUCACCAUCACCUGCUGUGGGACCUCUGUGGCGUGUCAGCCUUCCUGGUGCACCGGAGCGUCAUCUCCCCGGACUAUGUGAAGUACUGGGCCGAGCGCGGAGUGGAGCUCAUUGGCUGGACCGUCAACACAGCCGUGGAGAAGCAGUACUACCAGGACGUGCUGAACGCCAGCUACCUCACUGACAGCCUCAGGGAGGACUGUGAAGCUGCCUACUGAAGAUCAGCAUGCGGAAGGCAGGAGGAUGAGGCCCGGAGAGUGGGGGGGAGGGGUUAACAUGCACACACAUACAUUACCCAGAAUGCUCUGCCUCACAUACACACACAAACACACAUUACCCAGAAUGCUCUGCCUCACAUACAUACACACAAACACACAUUA